UGUGUGUGUGUGUGUGUGUGAUGGGGGCUUUCUUCACCAGCCUGACGUCAGCCAGUGUUGUGCUUGCGUUUGUAGUCAUGAGGUUGUGGUAACCAGAUCAGAUUCUAUCAGCGGGUGCCAAACCUCAACCAACUGGUCCCAAAAAACCCCUGCGCGUCCUGUGUUUACAGUGGAGGUUGACUCUGCCUCCAUCCCCCUUUUUUUUUGACACCUGUCGAUCAUUCUAAAAAACACAGGGUGUUGCCAAGGAGACGCUGACGAGCCAGAAUAAGGAGGCGAAGAGGAUUCCCCCGUCCAGACAGCCCUGAGAAGCCAGAGAGGAAACACACGUCUAUCAUGGACCAGCAGCACGCCAAAGUGGAGCGAUUUCUCAAGCUGGGGUACUCUCACAGUGACAUCCUGAGGGUGCUGGAGAGCCUCCGCCACGACGCCCAGACCAAUGACAUCCUGGAGGAGCUGAUAAAGACCUGCCACACUCGCAGCAACACAAGUGGCCCUAACAGUCCCAAGCUGGUGUCCAGAGGCUGCAGUCCUGGUCCCAGUCAACCCAGACCGGGACCAGACAGAGAGCCAGUCGCCGGCUUCAGACCUGUGGUUAUAGAUGGAAGCAACGUGGCCAUGAGCCAUGGAGACAAGAAGGUGUUUUCGUGCCAGGGCCUCCAGCUGGCAGUGAACUGGUUCUGGGAGAAAGGGCUGCGGGACAUCACCGUCUUCAUUCCCCUCUGGAGGAAGGAGCAGCCGCGGCCCGAGGCUCCCAUCACAGAUCAACAUAUUCUCCACGAGCUGGAGGGGAGGAAGAUCCUGGUGUACACGCCGUCUCGCUGCGUGAACGGCAAGAGGGUGGUGUGCUACGACGACCGCUACAUCGUCAAGCUGGCCUUCGACUCAGACGGCAUCAUCGUGUCCAACGACAACUACCGUGACCUGCAGACGGAGAAUCCCCAGUGGAAGAAGUUCAUAGAGGAGAGGCUGCUGAUGUACACCUUCGCUAAUGACAAGUUCAUGCCUCCAGACGACCCUCUGGGUAGAAAUGGUCCCACCAUUGAUGAUUUUCUGCGGAAGAAGCCGUGGACUCCAGACAACAAGCUGCAGCAUUGUCCUUAUGGAAAGAAGUGUACUUAUGGAGUCAAGUGCAAAUUCUACCACCCAGAGCGGGCCAACCAAUCACAGCUGUCUGUGGCCGAUGAACUGAGGGCUCAGAGAGACAAGGCCAAGACGUUCUCUCCCAAAGUGAGCCUGCAGGACACACAGUGCUGCCCGGCUGUGUAUCAGCCGGGGGUCAGAUACACUUCCUCCACCCCUCCGCCUGUGAGCAUGGAGGAUCAAUCCCUCAGGGCUUCACCCAACGAGCAGUUCAUGUAUCCCAGAGACCUCAGCAGCCCCAGAAGCCAACCAAACACGAGCCUCCACUUCUGCCCGAGCCCCGAUGUGGACGAGGCCUUCGGCUCCAUGGAGAGCUCCAUGUCCAGGCUCUACAUCCAGGAUGCGCCCUACAGCAUGGAGUGUCCUCCCUACAGCUACAGCAGCGGGCUGGCCAGCUGGAGCCUUAGCCACGACGACUACUCCCUCUCAGGGUCCUUUGGCGGGAACACCCAAAGGCCCUGCCUGGGCGGAGGAGGCUACUACUCUCAUCACAACGGUUCAGUGCCCUGUGAACGCCCCAUGAGCAGCCAUUGUAGGUGUGGUCACCAGGAAACAAGGGUGUCCCACCACCUCCACCCAUCAUGGAACUCCUGCCCAGCUCUGCCUCCACAUAACAGGGAGCAGUACUUAAGACAGCACUCCAACAGACAGAGCCACAGCUUACCAAGGGACCCAUGGGUGCAAAGAGACAAGAGCCCAUCCAGCGAGCAGAGGAAGGGCCUAAGAAGCCAGCUGAGCACCCUCUUCCCUCAGAGCACGGUGGAGCAAGUCAUGAAUGCUUACCCACACGUCUCAGACAUGCCUGAACUGAUCUCGCUCAUCCAGAGCUACAGGUCCAGCCGCAUCUUCUAGAUAAGAAAGAUUCUUAGUUUUGACUCAAACUGAGUCCGUGUCUUCUCAUCCCAGAGGCAAAGUGAAAAACAAACAUUUCUACUUCUCUAUUAUGCAUACUGUGGCAUAGCAGCCUUGCUUGGAAACAGUCCAACCUAAGCCUGAAUCAUUAAAAAAAGUGACUCUUUCUGAUGUCUUAAACAUGUAGCAGACUGAAUGCUAUUUCUUUAGUAUAAAAGUGCAAUGCACUACGCUCUGUACAUGCUACUUAUUGUAGCAGUGAAAAUGUUUAAUUAAAGCAGCAUGUGUUGUUUUCUCAUGUUGCCUCAAAGUGAGGAACUCUAUUACACUAUUCUGUACUUGAAUGUCAUUGAUCUGUUUUUAUAUGAAUUUGGUGUUUUGCAGUUCCUGUGAAAUAAAAGCACUCAAAUC